AUGCUUGAGGGUAGUAUCGCGAGCUGGACAAGCGAGCUGACGGUGAUGCUUCACGAAAUAUCUUGCAAUAUUAGCAGCGGCGGUUUGUAUUCCUGUAACGAGCAAUGUGGUAGUAGUAUUAGUAGUGGGGCUGCGGGUGGAUUCAUGCCUAUUGACUAUGACCACUUGUGUAUGGCUGAACAUGUCAACAACACGACCACUCAUCACUAUCAUCAGCAUCAGCACCACCGUACUACUGACAUGGAUGGCUAUUUUGUUGGUGUACCUUAUACUUCAUUAUUUUGUUGGCCAUGUAAUUAUUCUGGAUGCAAUAUUAACUUAUCACUUGUUAUCAAUGGCCUGGAAAAUAUCGAGAGUACUUAUUUGUCAAGAAUAUCAAGAUUUAUCGACUGCAACUCGACGUUUCUUACUGAUAUUUUUGAGUGCACGUCGGUGGGAAAUUCUUCGACGACGGAAGACUUGACGGUUUCAUGCUCACGACGGACACGUCAAAUAGAACCACCGAGAAGUGGGAAAAGGUUCGAGUGGAGUUUUCUCUUUGUGGCAGUCUUUAUAGUAGCCGGUGGUUUAGGAAACAUUCUAGUAUGCCUUGCGGUGUGUCUUGAUCGGCGGCUACACAAUGUCACUAAUUAUUUCCUACUGUCACUCGCCGUUGCGGAUCUGCUGGUCAGUCUCUUUGUCAUGCCACUGGGCGCCAUUCCCGGAUUUCUCGGAUACUGGCCGUUCGGGGUAACUUGGUGCAAUGUUUAUGUAACAUGCGAUGUACUAGCAUGUUCGGCAAGUAUAAUGCACAUGUGUUUCAUCUCCCUCGGUCGAUAUCUUGGCAUAAGAAAUCCACUACGUACCCGUCAUAUUUCAACCAAACGUGUCGUUGCAUUUAAAAUUGCUGCUGUUUGGUUUCUAUCAAUGCUUGUAUCCAGUUCAAUAACAGUAUUAGGAUUAAUAAAUUCAACCAACAUAAUGCCAAAACCCGGAGUGUGUGUGAUAAAUAAUCGAGCUUUCUUUGUAUUUGGUUCAUUGGUUGCGUUUUACAUACCAAUGAUAGUAAUGGUAAGCACAUACGUCCUAACAGUCCAAUUACUUCGUAAGAAAGCCCGAUUCAUAGACGAACAGUCAGAGGGUGACCAUUUUAGACGGCUAGGCGGGAGGUAUUCCUCUGCGAAAUCGCAUCAUACCCAUUCCAGGCCAACCUCCAGCGCACUAUCAUCCAGACAAUUGUGGCGAUUGUCUGGCGGCAGUGCCUCUGUCAGUAGUACGAGCACACGAAUAGACGUGUCACCGUCAAGCUGCGAGCUUAAUGGAGUUACGGAGGAAACAGAUGAGGGGUCUAAUAGUCUACAAGUACGCAGAUGCAACAGCAAAACCGAUCAGGCUACACAAACGCCCGAAAAUAUUGCGAAGGAAACGAGGAAUUUCCGGUUACGUUCCCUCAAACUUCAUCUCAAUGUUGCGCCGACAAAUCUUAAUCUCAGGUUCUUACAAGGAAGAUCAAAGCGACGAUCAUUGGCGGCAAAUGCGGUCGCGACGGAGCAAAAAGCCAGCAAAGUUCUGGGAUUAGUGUUCUUCACAUUCGUUUUCUGCUGGUCGCCUUUUUUCCUCCUCAACAUUCUCUUCGCUGCGUGUCCUGAUUGCGCGGUGCCCAACCACGUGGUGGACAUCUGCCUCUGGCUCGGCUACGUCUCCUCCACAAUCAACCCCGUUAUUUACACGGUCUUCAAUCAAACGUUUCGCGCCGCGUUCAUACGCCUGCUCAUGUGUAAAUGCUCCAGAUCAGCACGACUGCCACGGUGGCGUUCAGUUACCGAAGGACGCGGUGCACUGGGUAUGUGUACACCUAGUGCAUUACCUCUAGCAAUAAGUCUUCAAGGUACACCACUACUAACACCAUCAACUAUUCCAGCAGUGACACCAGCCUCCGGAAGUUCUUGUGUUACGAUGGUUAAUCGGACAACAUUUAAUUCUCUAACACGUGAUACUUUUAUUGAUGAUGAUGAGUGUGACCAUAAGUGUUAA